AAUUGCCUUUCAGUGGGAAUGAACUCCAAAUCUCUCUGGAACCGAUUGAUGAUAUAUCUAUACAUAAACGCUGAAUUGGAGGGAGAAACUUCACGGCACAGUUCGGGUGAAGAUAACGAAAGUUGUGUUUGUAACCUGCAGGCACGACUUUCAACCCGGAGCAUACUAGGUACCGUUCUUCAAAGAGUACUUCCCCCCAGGUAUUCAAUGGGCUUGAUAUCCAAAAAUGAAAAUUUAGAACUUUGCAAUAAAGUUACAGCUUCUUCAUUUUGCAGGAGACGUCUGCCAGUUUUAAUGGUUAGAAGUCGGAUGGCCCCUUCUUUGAAAAUUUCUACUCAGUUUGUUGAACAAGGACAUGUCCGUGUUGGUCCACAUGUUGUAAUGGAUCCAGCAUUUCUAGUUACUAGAAAUAUGGAAGAUUUUAUAACAUGGGUUGAUGGAUCUGCAAUUAAGAGACAUAUUGCAAGAUACAAUGAAGAGCUGGAUGAUUUUGAUCUCAUGUGAAAGAAAACAUUUGUAUACAUUAUUUGUAAAUAAAAUCUAAAUAAAAUCUUUUUAAAAUAUU